CCACCAUCAUUCAAACGCAGUUCUGACUUCUGAGUUUGUUGUAUUUCCAUUGCAAGGAAAUAAAAAUAAAAAUACGGCUUCGUUUCUCAUUCGCGGCAGUAGCAUUCGUUUGCUAAAGUUUAGUAAUUACAGAUUGAUCAGCACCGAACCGAGUGGACGAGCGUUAAAAUAAAAACGAGUGAUUUUGGUAUACAUACUAAUGCAGUCAACAAUAACAAACCGAAAUUGACGGCUGCAAAUGGCAAAGAUGAUAAGCAGCACCCCAGCGAAAUAGUGUCCCGUAAUAAUUUUGGUUGCGUAGGCAGAUUUUCAGCAGCGAGUCGGUGUUACUACAUAUUGGAAUCCCACGACUGAAGAUGAAUCUUAUGGAUAACAACCCGUUCGGGAAUGGACUGCUCUAUGCGGGCUUCAAUCAAGAUCAAGGCUGUUUCGCUUGUGCCACGGACAAUGGCUUCCGUGUAUACAAUACCGAUCCGUUGAAAGAAAAAGAACGCCAAUACUUUCCGGAUGGCGGAAUCGGUCAUGUGGAGAUGCUGUUUCGGUGCAACUAUUUGGCCCUGGUGGGAGGCGGAAUCCGUCCUUUGUAUCCUCCCAACAAAGUUCUCGUUUGGGACGAUCUCAAGAAGGCACCGGCCAUUUCGCUGGAUUUCAACGCACCGGUCAAAGGUGUCCGUCUGCGGCGGGACCGUAUAGUGGUCAUUUUGGAGGGAAUCAUCAAAGUGUACACUUUCACACAGACACCGAAUCAGCUGCACGUGUUUGAAACUAGCCAGAAUUCACAAGGACUGUGUGUGCUCUGCCCGAACAGCAAUAAAUCGUUGUUGGCAUUUCCUGGCCGUAGAACUGGCCACGUGCAGAUCGUUGACUUAGCUAAUACGGAAAAGGCCCCACAAGAGAUUAUCGCCCAUGAAACGGCCAUCAGUUGCAUUGCACUCAAUCUGCAGGGGACAAGGCUCGCCACGGCCAGCGAUCGUGGUACGUUGAUUCGGAUCUUCGACACGGCCAAUGGGUCAAAGGUGGCAGAACUGCGACGUGGUUCUAAUCAGGCUAAAAUCUACUGCAUUAAUUUUAACCAUCAAUCUACGGCGAUUGUAGUGUCGUCAGAUCACGGCACAAUCCACGUAUUCAACUUGGACGAACCGAAGAGCAAAGAAUCGUCCAGCUUGCUGACGAAAUACUUCACCAGCCAAUGGUCGUUUUGCAAAUUUUCGAUUCCACAGGGUCCACCGUGUAUCUGCGCAUUUGGCUCGGAGAACAACUCGGUGAUAGUGAUAUGCGCAGAUGGACACUACUAUAAGUUCGUCUACAACAGCAAGGGCGAAUGUAGUCGAGAAGUUUGCUCUCAAUUUCUAGAAAUGACUGACGAUCACACAUAAAAGCACUUUGGAUUAUUUAGAUCAUCAUGGACAGUGAUAGGCGUGGAAUUCUGGUGUCUUAAGGACGAACAAUGUGUUAUUUUAACUUGAACGCUACUGACUCCGCUGCAAGGAGCGAGGAGCAAAAGCGGCUUUAUUUUAGAUUCUAUAUUAUGUUCGAUCAAGGCUUGUCUGGAAGCGGAGCGGAAAUCGAAUAGAACAUCCUACUGGUAUACACAGAUAGUUUAUAUCGAGUAUCAUGCAUUAUUCAUAACAGUACGAUUAAUCUUAUCUAAUAUUACAUAUUGUAUGUGAGCUAAAAAGUGCGGAAAGUCUAUUUAACUACACAAUUCAAUAAAUAUUUUUGUUGGACAAUUCUUGUUCUACCACA